CCUCGGAGAUCUUCGUCGAGUCAUCGACGUUGCCCGGCGUGAGGCGAAGCAUGUCCUCGAGACGCCAGCGCGUCACUCCCGUGUCCUGUCCGCCCGUCGGUGGCAAUUCAGGUGCUGGAUGUUCUAAACGCCGCCUACAUGCCGGCCGUCAUCUACCUCGGGCUCGUCGGAAACCUCCUCUCCUUGAUCAUCUUCCUCUUCACCAAUCUCCGGAGUCGCACGUCCAGUCUGUACAUGGGGGCCCUGGCCGUGUCCGACUCGGGCUUUCUCAUCGUACUUUCCUUCGCCUGGCUCAAUGAACGUGGCAUCCACGUGUACCCGCAUGGGCUCUGUGUCGCCACCGUGUUCUUCACGUCAGCCUUCGCGUGCUGGUCAGUGUGGCUGACGGUGAGCUUCACGGCCGAGCGGUUCGUGGCCGUGCGCUACCCUCUCUGGAAGUUGCAGACCAGUUCACCCAGCAGGCGGCCACACCUGGUCAUCGGCGCGACUGCACUACUCAGCCUCGUGCUCAACGCUCCCUUGUUGGUGUUCGUGCAAGUCGGCCAGGGAGAGCUCGGCGAUUGUAGUCUUCAUCCCGAAUACGAGAGUGCACUCUACUACUUGAACAUUCUGGACACGGUGCUUACCUUCAUCGUACCUUUCCUGCUGAUUACGAUCAUGAAUUCCAUGAUCGCCCGCGCCAUCUACCUAUUCUACGCUCGCUACAAGCAGCAGCGGUGCAUGUCCGAAUGCCAGAUGGACUGCAAGGACUUCACCGCUUCUACCGCCAGCAGACGCAACGGCGACUCGGUGGUCACCAAGGACGGCGCGAUCACAGCGACCAGCGGCGGGGGAAUCGCUCACGCGACUCAGAUCAGCGUCACCCGCAUGCUCCUGCUCGUCUCCACUGUCUUCAUGCUGCUCAACCUUCCGAGCUACGUGAUGAGGAUUUACGUGUUCCUGCUGUCACUGGGACACUCGGAGCUCCCUGACCCCGAGCACAACAGUCUGCCUUACGUGCUGCAGCGCUAUUUCAUGCUCCUCUACUACACCAACUUCGCCAUCAACUUCGUCCUCUACAAUGCCAGCUCUCGAAUGUUCCGCGUCACACUGUGCGAAUACAUGCAGGGUCGAUGGAUGGCACUGCGCGAGUCCAUGGCAGGCAUUCGAUCGAGCAUCGGCCGGUCAUCUACGAGUCAGAACGAAGACAUCAUCAUUUGA